AUGGACAAUCACGCGUUCGAAGUACUACUCUCAGAGGGCCCAGAGGCAGCGCUACUUGAAGCAGUAGGCAGCGGGCAAGGUCACGCAGCCGUCGCGCCCUUGUUGGAAGCCGAGUUGCAACGCAGCUCGUCUCGCCUGCAGCGCCUAAAGGAGCAUCGGAACGCCCUCCUGUCGCCCAUGUAUCGCCUUCACCCGGAGAUCCUCUCGAGUAUCUUCUUCAACUAUGCUCAAGGCAAUGGCGAACUAUUCAACCUGCGAUGGACGAGAUUAUUAUUUGUCUGCAGGCGAUGGCACGACAUCGCUAUGAAGACCUUGAAGCUCUGGAGUUUCAUCGACGUUAGCCUCCCUCAAGGGAGUAACUACAACUCCCAUGAGAGGGAUAAAGCUGACGCCAGGGAUGUAAGGCGCAUAGAAACGCAGAGAUCCCGUGCUGGACUCUUCCCGCUCACUCUCAAAAUGAGCCUCCACAAUCUUCUGUCGGAAGCCAAACUUGCCUAUACAACCCUCUACUGGAGCCCCAGUUCUCUCAGAUCUAUGACGGUGAACGGGGAACACGCGUAUAUCGACAAGUUGGUUCAUAUACUGGCUUCCCAUCGACACCCCACCCUCUUCGUUCUUGCGUUGCAUUGCUUCAGCUACGGAGACACUUCCACUGCCUCGACACGGGUAGAGCAGGAAUUGGAUGCCGUGUUGCGGAACAAUGUUCCUCAGUUAUUGCAUCUGGCUUACACCGGAUUGCCCUUCAACCUGGCCUUAGUCCAAGGCCUCCGCAGUUUGCGCAUCGCCUUCGUGGGGGAUACCAUCGCGCCUGCGUCAUUAACUCUCACGAACCUCACCGGCGCCCUGUCUCGCUGCCCUGAAAUUGAACACCUGGCUAUACAUCUGCCUUCAUCUUGCCUGCUCGAAGGCUCCGCGUUACCAAUCACAAGGCCCUUGCAACAUCUCGAUUUGAUCGUCGUACAAGCUGCAACCGAAGUUUGCGAACGAUUACUCCAGGCCGUUAACAUUCCUAGUUCAACGAAGCUCAUCGCUUCGACCAACGACAUCACGGACGAAUUUCCAAUCCUUAUUCUCGCCUCACAUCUAGGCAGCCAUGCUUUACGUGAGGGUGCACCUGUAGUUCACUCGAUCGCUAUCGUUCUGUCGCGCGUCCCCGUAAUGUUCGAGGACGAAAACGGCGAAAACCCGACUCCCCUGACGUCGCGACUGGGAAUCUUCGGCCAGGUUCGCCACAGACGUCUUGACAGAUCCACUGUCAACCGCUGGCUGUAUACGCCUGAGCACGAAGAAUCGCCUUGUAUCGGCAUUGAAUCAUCGUCCUCUGUCAGUGCUGAAGCUUCCAUCAUGAAGAACGUAUUGCAGGGAUGGCCUCUUUCGCAGACGACGUGCGUGGACGUACGGAUGGCCAUGCUCACUACGGAGCUGUUGGGUAUAUUGAUCUCAGAAAUGCCCGGGGCAACGACCGUCGUCAUGCGCCCUGAAUCAAGCACAGCACAAGCUUUGCUUGGGAUUCUUCACGAACAAGUUCGUGUACACAAGCGUCGGGUCUUCACCAAUAUCAUUUUCGAUGCCGCGGAGGUAGCCCACACUGUAUACCCCACAUUGGACGAAGACGAGCCCCAAAGAGGCGACGUACGGGCUCGAAGGACCCUAAUGCGUACGCUCGUCUAUUGCGAGCAAGCAGCGCGCGCGGGUGUUCCCCUGGACACCAUCGAGAUAACCAACGAAUCGCACGAGUCAGUACAUCGCCUGCUCGCUCGUGCAGAAGAUGUGGACUGGGGCGAGCUAUGUAGCCAUCUCCAGCGAGGGUUCAUCUACGAGAAAGUUCUCCAUAGCGAGCAGCCGGACCUUGACGGCAAUGGGUGGGAUAGUAUACAUUGCUAA